AUGAUCCAGUCUCGGCAGACCUUGGAAGAUGACUCUGGCAUUUGCUUUUAUCACCGUGUCAUGUCUUUGUCGAAUGCUGUUGGACAUUCAAUCAGGAUAGAUGGCGAGGGCGAGACAGAUAGACAGCAGAAUGAGUCUGCAACCACCCUCACUCGCCGUCAGGCCCAAGUCUGCAUCUGGCGGUUCUACCAAGGCCGUUAUUUUGGUACAGGACAUUCCCACCAAGCAUGUAUCUACGAUCAAGAUGCUAAUACGCACCAGGUCGGCGGCCCCUCCAGAGGAACACGGUUCAGGCCUCUCUCCAUGGAAUUGCCCAAGCCACUCUUCCCUGUCGCCGGCCACCCCAUUAUCGAGCACUGCUUCCGCGCCAUUACCGGUGUUGCCGAGAUCAAGGAGGUCUUCAUCGUCGGCUACUACGAGGAGUCUGUCUUCCAGCCCUUCAUCAACACCGUCUCCACCAACUUCCCUCAGUUGACCGUCAAGUACCUGCGAGAAUACCAGGCCCUGGGCACGGCCGGAGGUCUAUACCAUUUCCGCGAUGUCAUAUUGAAGGGCAAGCCAGAGAAGCUGUUCGUCUUGAACGCCGAUGUCUGUUCUUCCUUCCCGCUUGAGGAGAUGCUCAAGCUGUACAACGACAAAGAUGCAGAGGCCGUCAUGCUAGGCACGAGGGUCGCCAACGAGUCAGCCUCCAACUUUGGAUGCAUCGUCUCCGAUGCCCACACCAAGCGCGUCCUCCACUACGUCGAGAAGCCGGAGUCGCAAAUCUCCAACCUCAUCAACUGCGGAGUCUACCUCUUCAACACAGAGUGCAUCUUCCCCGCCAUUCGCAGUGCCAUCAAGCGACGCACUGAGCGCCCACGGCUGCUGUCCUACCCUUCCUCCGAGAACCUCGAAUCUUCCUUCUACCAGGCCGACGACGAUGACGACAACAAGGAGAACGCCGUCAUUCGUCUGGAACAGGACGUCCUCUCCGACAUUGCAGACAGCAGACAGUUCUUCGUUCUUGAAUCCAAAGACUUCUGGCGCCAGAUCAAGACUGCUGGCUCAGCCGUACCUGCCAACGCCUUGUAUUUGCUGAAGGCUUUCCAAGCUGGCUCCGAAGAGCUCGCAAAACCCUCUGCGAACAUCAUCCCACCUGUUUACAUCCACCCUUCUGCGCACAUUGAUCCCACUGCCAAGAUUGGUCCUAACGUGUCCAUCGGGCCCCGUGUGGUCAUUGGAGCUGGUGUUCGUGUCAAGGAGUCCAUUGUUCUGGAAGACUCUGAAAUCAAGCACGAUGCCUGUGUGCUCUACACUAUAGUUGGCUGGCACAGCAAGAUCGGUGCAUGGGCGCGUGUCGAGGGCACGCCCACUCCAGUCACCAGCCAUAGCACCAGCGUUAUCAAGAACGGUGUCAAGGUACAGAGCAUUACCAUUCUCGGCAAAGACUGCGCAGUCGCCGAUGAGGUGCGCGUGCAAAACUGUGUCUGUUUGCCCUAUAAGGAGUUGAAGAGGGAUGUCGCCAAUGAGGUCAUCAUGUAA